AUUCUGAUUACUUGAAAGAAAGCAUCAAACGUAAAAUUAAUUAUUGGCUUGAUAACAUAAAAGAAAUAAAAGAUUCAGACGAAAUUGAAAAGCAAGAAAUUAGGUAUUGGCUUGAUAAACUAAAAAGUAUAGACGACGUAGACGAACUCAUAAAAGAACAUAGAUAUUGGCUUGAUAAAAUAAAAGAUUCAGAUAACAUAGAUGAAAUUAAAAAAUGUCUUGAUGAAAUAAAAG